AUGAUAUCCACGACGACACUGCGGCCGGCCACAGCAGCAGCAGCAUACAUCUGCCACCGCUGCAUCACACGACAGCUGGUUCGACACCGCCGCCGCCCGCAAUUGCGCUUCCAAUCGACUGAUGCCGGUGGAGCUUCUUCACCCGCAAUCACCCGGCUGCCCGGCGGCCUGCUGCGGCGCGCACAGCAGCUGAGUAAGGAGCACGCAGAGCUCGAACGGAAGCUGAGCGACGACUACAACAAGAGGACGGCCACACGAGUCGGGCAGCUAACAGGCGUCAGCCGGGCCCUGAAAGACUACGAGGAUGCCCUCAACAACCUGAAAGAGCUCCACGAGCUCGUCACAGACCGCACGCUCGACGCCGACCUCCGCGCAGAAGCCGCAAGCGACAUCACCGCCACCGAAGACUCCCUCUCAACCCUCUCCGCAGCGCUAACCCGUGCCCUCGUGCCCCCGCACCCGUUUGCCCACCUCCCCGCGCUCCUCGAAGUGCGCCCCGGCACCGGCGGCUCCGAGGCAAGUCUGUUCGCUAACGACCUGCUCAAGAUGUACACCACCUACUGCACACUCCGCGGCUGGCCUGUCUCCAUGGUCUCGCAUACGCCCACCACCGAGGGCGGCGACGGCAUCACCGAGGCCAUCUUUUCCGUCGACGUCCCCGGCGCAUACGACACCCUGCGCGGCGAGGCCGGCGUCCACCGUGUCCAGCGCGUGCCGGCAACCGAGAAGCAGGGGCGCACGCACACGUCGACUGCGACGGUGAUGGUGCUGCCGUCGUUUGAGAGCAUGGAGCCUGGUGAGGGCGAGGAGGACCCCGACAGUAUAAUUGAUAUGAAGGAUGUCAGAAUUGACAUUAUGCGCGCGAGGGGCGCGGGCGGGCAGCAUGUUAAUACGACGGACUCGGCGGUGCGCAUGACGCAUUUGCCGACGGGGCUGGUGGCGGCGAUUCAGGACUCAAGAAGCCAGCAUAAGAAUAGGGAGAAGUGUCUGCUGGUGCUGAAGAGUCGGGUGGCGGCGGUGAGGAGGGCAGAGAGGGAGGCGGAGGAGCUGGCGCUGAGGAGGGGCGUGGCAAAGGUGAAUGCGGGGAGGGCAGAUAAGUUGCGGACGUAUAACUAUAUUCAGAAUAGGAUCACGGACCACCGCUGCGGGUUCAGUCUGCACGAUCUGCCCAGCUGCAUGGAGGGCAUCACGCUGGGGACGUUGAUGGAGCAGGUGCGCAAGUGGCAGAUGGAGCGGGACGUGGAGAACUUGGAUCCCGAUGCGUGA